AUGUCUCAACAAUCAAACCCUCAAUCUCCUUCAACAGUGUCAACUUCCUCUGCUCGUGCUCAAGACGCUACAAAUGUCCCAAUUAACCCUAAUGAGAUUCUUGAGGUCACCCCUUUUCAAAUGGUGACUCCAUACGAUCUUGUGGCAAAAAGGCCCAGGACAUCGCAUACACGAAGAACCAAAGAAACAACAAGGAGACCUAAAAGGCCCAAUUCUGAUCAGACUUCUCAAUCGUUUGUCCCUCCCUCUAGGGAAGAACUAACUAAUGAAGGCUCAAGUGACAAUGAUGCUGGCAAUUCUGUCGAAGCAAAUGAUGUUGUCAAUAGAAAUGAUGCUGUAAAAAUGGACGUGCAUGUGGAUGACAAUAAUAGGAAUGAUGGUGUGGAAGAUAUUGUUGGUAAGGUCGAUGUUAUUGCUGACAAUGAUCACACUGAGGUCCAUGUUAGUGCUGUGUACAAUGAAGAGGUAUCUAGUAAUGCUUAUGCUGAUAAGUGUGUGAACCACACUAAAGAUGGUCAAACUGAAGAAAAAGAACCUGAGAAGACUCAAGCUGAUAAAGUGAUCAACCUUGAUGAUCUCUCUGAUGGUGACCUGGUUGCUUCUAUCAAUCCAAGCAUAGCCAGAAGGCUAAUGAGGAGGAAAGGAAAGCAAGUUAUAGCUGAGGACUCUCUGAAGAAAAAGGCUGUGGUUAAGCCCACUUCUGUUGGACCCAAAAAACCAUUGAGCAAAGUGAAAAAACUGGCCUUAGAGAGAGAGCUUGCUCAAAAUGCCCUUGAGUAUGAAGAGAUUAUGAAUCUUAUUCAUGAAGUUGGACUGAUGAAAACUGUGACUCAAUUUUCUAAGUGUUCUGAAGUCCUUGUGAAGGAGUUCAUUGUGAACUUACAUGAAGACUGUGGCAAUAAGAAAACUAAGGAGUAUUUGAAAGUGUUUGUCAGGGGAAAAUGUGUUAAUUUCUCCUCAACUGUGAUCAACAAAUUUCUUGAAAGGUCCAAUGAAGCUCAACCAGAGCUGGAAGUAUCUGAUAAUCAAAUGUGCAAAGUAAUUACUGCGGGACAAGUGAAGACAUGGCCUGUCAAAGGGAAGCUUAAUGUUAGCAAACUAAGUGUGAAGUAUGCUAUACUUCACAGGAUUGGAGCUGCCAACUGGGUACCAACUCAACACAAGUCUACAGUUUCUGUUAUCUUAGGUAAAUUCAUUUUUGCUAUUGGUACUAAGACCAAAGUUGACUAUGGAACUUAUAUUUUUGAGCAAACUCUAAAGCGUGCUGGUAGCUAUAGUGUUAAAGGCCCCAUUGACUUCCCGUACCUUAUAUGUGGAAUCAUCUUAAAUCAAUAUCCUAAUAUUCUGAAUGACAAAGACUUUGUGUGCAAAAGAGCAAGUCCAUUACUCUUUCAUCAUAAGCUUUUUCAAGGAACACAUGUUCCUGAUGUUGUCACAACAUCAGCUGGACCAUCCAAAGAUAGCAAACCUACAAGAAAAGCUGUUAUGAUUGCAAUAAUCAGAGAAACAUGUAAGGAGCUAGAGUCCAGAAAACUGGCUCUAGAGAAAUUGAUCACCUCCCUUGAAACAGAUGAAGGAGUCGAGUCUGCAGAUACUGAUGUGGAGGAGCAGGGUGAAGAUGAUGAUGAAUCGGAUAGCGAAAUUGAGAAAGAAGCCAGUCCUGAUGAUGGCACAGAUGAGGAUGUUGGACUCAGCAUCUCUAAUUCUGAAGACUGA